AUGCAAGGCUUCAACAUGGGACGCUACGUCCCCCCAGACCAAGAAGGAGUCUUAUCGGGAAACCAACUAGCAAAGAAACACCCUCUAGGAGCUCGAGCACGACACCCAGGCGCAUUAGUCGUGCGCUUCGAAAUGCCCUUCGCAGUCUGGUGCACGACCUGCAAACCCCACGACACAAUAAUCGGCCAAGGCGUGCGCUUCAACGCCGAGAAGAGAAAGGUCGGGAAUUACUACUCAACGCCGAUCUACAGUUUUCGCAUGAAACAUACCGUUUGUGGUGGAACUAUCGAGAUCAAGACUGAUCCCCAACACACGGCUUAUGUCGUCACGCAGGGUGGCAAGAAGCGGGAUACUGGCGAAGAUAAGGAGUUGCAGCCGGGUGAGAUUGCUAUCAAACCCUACGCCCUGGGUCAGGACCCCGCAGAGAAGGAUCCGUUUUCGAAACUUGAAGGGAAGGUUGAGGAUAAGCGCCGUGCGAAGACGGAGGCCACGCGCAUUCUCGAGAUUCAAGAGCGUCAGAAUCGGGAUUGGGAGGAUCCGUAUGAGAAGUCCAUGCGGUUAAGGCGCACGUUUCGGCAAGAGCGCAAAGGUCUUGAGAAAGCGGAGGCGGGCCGAGAAGCCUUGAAAGAUAAGAUGAGUCUUGGGAUUGAUCUCAUGGAUGAAACGGAGUCGGAUCAACAACGAGCUCAGAUGGUCGAUUUUGGAGAUGAUCAAGCUACUGUUGGGGCUCAUGCUGCUCGGGCUACACGCACUCGGCCGAUGUUUGCGCACCGCGUUGCGAAAUAUACAACCAAGACGAAUUCUCAUGAUACAAAAUCUCGGGCUUUGAAACGGGCUAAGGCAGCUAAUCUUGCUGCUUCUCGGAAGGCUUCUCUUCGCAAUGAGUUGAGCGGUAAUACGCGUGCUACUGUCGACCCUUUCUUGAUCGAUGACACGGAUGAUCCCAGUGGAUGGCAACCUGGGAAGAAAAGGAAAUCUGCUGCGCCUUCGACUUCAACACCUCGUUCAAUUACCCCGAGUAUCGACUCUCCGAACAUGCGCGAAAAACGGGAUGCAACCCCCAAAGAUAUACCUACUCCAGCAGCAACGCCCGUGUUGGUCGGCUAUCCUUCUGAUUCAGACUAA